UCUUCAAGUUAUCUUUUAAUAUUAAAAUGCUAGCAACUGUUCAAAAAGUAUUGCGGCACUUAUUACUUAUUACACGAAUUUGUUGUGAAUGCAUCAAAAUACCAGCGCAGUAGGAGUUAUUGAAAUAAAUAGAUAAAACGCAGCGGUCUUUAAUAAUUACCAUGUGUUCAAAUUCAACAUGCAACACAAAACUAUGAAUAGGAAUCAAUUUCAUAAAGCCACACGCCUGAAUUAGGCUAGGUUCGUGAAACAUACUAAAUGAUAUAUUGUAUCGAAGAUAUAUUUUGUGAAAUCAUCCGUGACAAGAACGUACUUUGAGUGUAUAAUAUGUAUAUACUCUAAACAUGUAGGAUGGACAUAUUUCGGGCUUUCGAAUGUGUAGUGCUUUUAACAUGGAUGAUUUUCAAAAAAUCAGGUAGCACGUGCACUUUACCGGCAGAACUGUACAAUGGCGGAAACAUGUGGACUGAUAUUGCUUUACAAAAGACUGUCACCUUUACAACAAAUAAAAUGACAGGAUUUGAAAUAAAACUGGCAGGUCAAACAAAGGGCGCCUUUACUUGUAUUUCAAACACAGGAAAUGUAUAUGUAUUUAAAUGUGAUUCUACGUUUGAGGAUAUUAAUACAUUCCGCAAUCAACCUUCAUUCCUCUGCAUGAAAAUGGUAAAAGUGUCUGAUAAUUUGUUUUAUUAUCAUCUCUUAUCAGAACCAGAUGAAACUAAACAAACAGAGCCAGACAAUGUUCGUAUAUAUUUUUCCGGUGCUUCAUUCGGAACUACUGGACCCGACCCAGCAGUUACGCCUACAUGUGACUAUUGUUCAUUUACAACACCACAUUCCGACAGUGAAUUUCGCAUGUUACAAAGACAAGGAACGUCAGAGAACAUAACUCAAAGUGAGGCAACAUUGUGCCUACCGUGCGAUGCAGAUUGUUCAGAAUCUCAAUCCCCACAGUCAAAUUCAUCAAAGACAGAUUCCGAUGAUUCUAAUGUUCCCUUGAUAGUUGGAAUAGCAGUACCGACUGGAGUAGUUGCUGUCAUUGGUGUUUCGGCUAUUAUUGCUGUAGCUAUGUAUAAAACGCUUAUUAUGAAUGGCGCAAAAGUUGCUGCAGCAAAAGGAGUUUCAACGACGACUGGUACCAACGGAGGUGGUCCUACUUAAAAGUACAAAAUACAGAAUGACAGUGUUUAAAACUUGUAUAUUUUAUAUUUGUUCUUCAUCAUUUUUCAAUGAAAGAAAAGAAAUAAGUCAAUAAAA